CUAUAGAAUUCGAAAUUGUCUGCAAAUAAAUCCGAUUACUUGUGCCUCCACUCCUAAGAUGAAGGGUUAGGGCUUUGAUUUUCUCUCCCUUCCACUCCAAAGCAUCGCAAAAUUAAUUCCAGUCCCGUUCGUGUUAGGGUUUUACGAUUGCAUAGACAUGUAUGCUGAUCGAGUGGAGGCUGCAGCGAAGAGGUCGGUAAAGGAGCGUCUUAAUGGCAAUUCUACCAGCGACUUUACUCGCCAGCGGCAAAUUACAGGCAAGAGGCAGAGGCAAGAUGAUAAGUGGGAACACGAUCUCUAUGACGAGGAUGGACCACAAUUUUCAAAUCGAAAAGUCAGUUCUCAAGAUCUUCGGCUAAAGCUUCAAAGGAAGAGUCUCCCACAAGCCUCACAAAGUGGAAGGGGGUCAGUUUCAGGCAUGUUGGAUUUACGUGAGAAACUAUCUGGGACUUUGAAUUCACAACCAGUUAAUGCUGAUCCACCUAAACGAAAAUCGGAGGCUGCUAAACCAGCUCGAAGAAGUGUUGCAGUUGAAGCACCUGAGCCAGAGAUUAAAAAGGUUGCUAGUGUGGCUCCUAGAAAAAAGUCUCAGCAAAAGGCUGAUACUUCAAUUGAAGCUUUUCUGCAAUCAAUAGGCCUUGAAAAGUACCUCAUUACUUUUCAAGCGGAGGAAGUUGAUAUGACAGCCCUUGUACACAUGAAUGAUGAGGAUCUCAAGGCUAUAGGAAUGCCAAUGGGUCCAAGAAAAAAGAUACUUUUAGCAUUGGAAUCUAGGGGCUAGCAUUGGAAAGGGAAGUGCAUACUUGCAUGUAUUAUUGGAUGGACGGUCCAAUUGGCAGGGCUGUGUUUGAUUAAUAUACCACCAAGAUGUAACAAGUUUUCCCUGUUGAUUUUUGUUUGGUGUAUUAUUGCUGAAAGUGGCCUGACUGGCUCUUUAUAGAUAUGAGACUGGUUGAAUUUUUAGCUUGGCACCAGCCAUAGGUGUUUUUCUUCUACUAGCAGGAUCUUUUAUAUUUAAUGAAAUUCUUGUGAUCUAUUCACUCAA